AUGUACAUAUUUUUUAUAGUUAUAUCUGCUAUAUGGUCAGUGUGCAGGGCAAAUCCCUCAGAUGACCCAAACGUUGGAAUAUAUAUUAUUCCCAGAAAUAAUCCAGAUAUUGAAAAUCCAGUUGUAAUGACACUCACCGACAGUGGAAACUGGUAUUUUGCGCCACCAGAUAAGACAGAAAUGCAAAUCUUUGUUAUAAGAAAAAACAGUGGGAGAAAGCUAUGCUUGAAAUACAAAAAAGGAAAAUGUCUGCAACUAGAGAAAAAGAUAGACAAGGACUUGUCUCUUUACAAAAGAACACUUUGUAUACGGGCUGUCAAGGAAAAUAGAAUAUCUAUAGUACCUAGUGCGUAUUCCAACUUUUUCAUGAUUAAAUUGAAAAAGUGCGAUAUCUUCUGUCUUUUCAGCCAUAAAGAGCGUGCAUCUCGCGGUGAUGAGGUGUUCCCAUCUGUUGAAAGGUGCAAACACUCUAAUAUUAACAACCACUUCUAUAUUAUAGGAGAAGACCACUUCGAUGACUAUUACGCACAGGCCCAGCAUGAGAAUAGAGAAAUAAGCAAAACCCCUGCAAACACAUCGCCAUACGCAGAUACUGGUAUGCUUAAGAAACCCACAGUACCAGAUUAUGCUGCCCAUCAUGCUAUAAUUAAUGCACUACAUGCAGAACCUGCCUACAGAAGUCUUGGCCCAGGAAAAAACGAGCAUGUUUUAAACAAUUUAGUAAAUAGACUGCAGGCUGCAUCGCUCAUGUCUCGUGCGCCCGGAUACUAUCCAUCGCUAUCUACUUCUGCUGCAGAUAGACGGAACGGAUAUAUUUAUUCAAUGUAA